AUGAAAUUUACAGCUGCUUCUAUUUUUGCUUCUAUUGGAUUAAUUUCUGCACAAUUUAAUACACCAAGUUUAGGAGGUUAUGGAAGUUCUACCUAUGGAAGUCCUGGUUAUGGAACAUCAGGCUAUGGAAUGAUGAGUAAUCCUUGUUGUGGAAAUUAUAAUACUAUGUAUGGAACUUCUUUAUCUGGGUUUGGUGGGUUAUCAAGUUUUGGAAGUGUAGCUCCUGUAAGUAGUAUAAAUACAUAUAGAAAUGAUCCUUUUUCUACAAUUGGUUCUGGAAUUGGAUAUCCAUCUAGUAUGAUAAAUUCUCAAUCAAAUUAUAAUUUACCAAGUAGUUUAUAUAAUGGAAUGUCAUCAUUAUCUAAUUAUCCUAUUUCUGAUCCAAUACUUGCUGGUGCUUUAUCAUCUUAUAAUAAUUUCAAUGGUUUAAAUUCAAUGAAUUCUUUAAAUUCACCCUUUUCAAGAUUUGGUGGCUCAUCAAUUUACUCACCUUUAGCUUCUAAAAAGGCAUCUCCAAUAAAUCAAGAGACUUUUUCAAUGAUGAAUGAAAAUAUAUAA